AUGUCUUCCUCCUCCGCCGCCGCGGCCGCCGCUGCAGCGGCAGACUCCUCCUCCGCCGCCAGAAAAGUCCCCCCGCCGUGCUGGACGAGGGAGGAGACCGUCGAGCUCAUCAAGGCCUACCGCGACAAGUGGUUCGCCGUCAACCGCGGCAACCUCCGCGCUGCCGACUGGGACGCCGUCGCCGCCGCGCUCGCCGAUUCCCCGGCGCCCUCCGACCCUCCCAAAUCCGCAGUCCAGUGCCGCCACAAGAUCGAGAAGAUCAGGAAGCGGUACCGCGCCGAGAAGCAGCGGUGCGCCAAUUUUCCAGGUCGGUUCUUCUCUUCCUGGGACCUGUUCCCUCUGUUGGAUGCCAUGGAGAUCGGAUCGAUCGGGACUAAACAGGAACAGGACGUCGAGAAAUCGAGCGGCGGCGGGGAUCCCCCAUCGGAGAGGCAUCAGCUAGAUCCGGAUUUGGAAUUCGAUCCGGAUUUGGCAUAUAGGGCUAGGAAAUUCAGCAAGGUGAACGGCGGAGGUUAUGGCGAGGCCAUCGAUUUCGACAACCGUGAGGAUCAGAACUCGGUCUCUGUAGCGUUUAUGCCUAAAGAAUACGGUAGAUUUGAUAGGAAGCUCGGAGGGAAUAGCAGUAAUUUUGGGUUUGACACUGAAUAUGGGAGUGGUGGGUAUGGUAGGAAACCUAGUGGGAAGUUGGAGAGGGAUGAUUUGAUGAACGGGAAGAAGAUUGCCGAGGAAUGGGGCGGUGCAGGCUCUGUCUCUUCUUCUAGGGUUAGAGUGAAGAGCCACCCGUACCAUUCUUCUUCACAGCCUGAUCGAAACUCGAAUGGAGGGUUGUUUCCCAAUGGGAAGAUGAAUGGUAGUGGUGGUGGUCUUGCUGAUGAUGGAGCUGCCAGAAAAGAUCCCGUGGCAGAAGUUGUCUCUGCGAUCAAGAUGCUGAGAGAAGGGUUUGUGAUGGUGGAAGAGAUGAAGAUGGAUAUGGCGAUGGAGAUCGAGAAGAUGAGGAUGGGGAUGGAGUUGAAGCAUAACCAGAUGCUGCUCGAGAUGCAGCAGGACAUCGUGGAGGCGUUCGCCAAGGCCUACGAGAAGAAGAAGACGAAGAAGAAGAAUAAGAAGAGGAAGGUAGAUGUGAUGAUGUCGCCGAAUUCGAACAGGAAUGGUGGCGAUUCGGAGGUUGCAGCUACGGAUUUCGAAGCCAUUGACUGA